AUGCCUCUCUCCACCCCGGAGAGGGAUGUUGAUCCCAUCACGGGUAGUGACGAAGCUGAGUUGACGAGCCAGAAGAAACGCUCCAAUUCGGAUGCGACAGAGUACCCUCGGAGAAGGGCGACUAUCGCUUGUCAAAUAUGUCGGCUGCGUAAGACACGAUGCAAUGGCGCUAAACCCAAAUGUCAGCUUUGUACUGAUCUCGACGCUGAAUGUGUCUAUCGCGAGCCUGGUAUCAAGCUUGAUGCGGGGGACAAGUUAAUCCUGGAACACUUGACUCGAAUCGAGAGCCUGCUACAUUCCAGUUUGGCCGGGCACAAGCCUCAACUUGGACUGUCUUCCACCUCCCCCGCCACGAGCAAUGAUACCAACCUUGGCAGCGAGGAUCCAAUGGUCCGACUACCCAGUGCAGUCACCAACCAAAUGUCGGCUGCUGGAUUGGGGUCGUGGGCUAAUCCACCGCCAAGUAUCAGCAUUUCUACGAUGCCCAAGGUGCAUACAACUCCGGCUUUGCAUCUUUUACAAUGGCCUCUCAUCCGCGACUUGAUUUCGAGGCCCUAUGACCCGCAGAAACUACUUCAACUCGAAAUGGCACGAGAGCCGAUUCGGAUGACGCCAAACUCAGGGUUUGACUUGACAAAUGCGCCUGCGUAUAUACGAGCGUUUUUUGACCACGCCAAUGUCUGGUACGCCUGCGUGAAUCCCUAUACGUGGAAUCGAUAUUAUCGAAUAGCCCUCGCACAGGGAUUCCAGGAGGGACCAGUGAGCUGUCUCGUAUUGCUAGUUCUGGCCUUAGGAAGUGCUAGUCGAAGUGGGAGCAUUGCUUUCAUACCAGCAGAUGGCGAACCACCCGGACUUCCCUACUUUUCUGCCGCUUGGACCCUCUUGCCAUCCGUCAUGAUGCGGAACUCGGCCAUUGCAGCGCAAUGCAUGAUUCUUGCUUCGGCCUAUUUAUUUUAUCUGGUACGGCCCUUAGAGGCAUGGACCUUGCUGUCAAAUGUGAGCAUGAAACUGCAAUUGUUACUCGGCAACCCAACUCGCGUUCCUCCACAAUGGAAGGAGCUCAGCGUGCGGGUUUAUUGGAAUUCCCUCUUAUAUGAGAGUGAUCUCUUAGCCGAGUUAGAUCUUCCACAUUCGGGAAUUGUGCAUUUCGAAGAGUCAGUGGAUCUACCCGGAAGAUUUGGAGAGGAAGACGACAGCGACGAAGACACCACGGACGACCGCGAAAUUGACACCACUCAGUGCACAGAGGAGCCUGCAGGACGUGACGAGCUCUGGUACUUUCUGGCCGAAAUCGCACUGCGAAGACUUCUCAACCGAGUCAGCCAUCUCAUCUACCAAUUGGAUAGGCCAAUUGUGUCAGAGCUGGAUUUCCAACUAUCACAAUGGUACGAGAGUCUACCCCAACCCGUAAAAUUCCCUCUCACCCAAACCCCGCUCUCCAACCCAGUGCAAACGGUGUUGAGGCUUCGAUACAAUGCCUGUCGAACAAUCAUUUAUCGCCCGUACAUCCUAGCCGUUUUCGAGAACGAGCAAGCCUGCACAGACCGAGGCGUUCGAGAGUGCUGCCGAAGAUGUCUUGAUGCCACACUACGUCAAUUGGAACAAAUCACCAGUCAUCGCGAAGGUCAUCUUCCAUAUCUGUGGCAAGGUGCCCUUUCCAUGGUUUCACAGACGCUGCUGAUUAUGGGUGCCACGAUGUCUCCCGUACUAUCGACUUUACUUCCUCCUCCAUUGAGAGUCGAUGCAAUCAUCUCUAGCGUCGUGGCUGAAGUUGAGAGGUAUUCACAUCUCGCUCCGAGCCUGAAAUUAUCGGCAGAUAUUAUCCGCGAGGCUGAAAAUCGUCGCCAGAUUUGCCUUCGAUCAAGGGGACUGGGUAUUUGA